ACACAACAGCAACAAUAACAACAACAACAAGAACAACAACAGCGUGACAACCAGAGCGCGCAGCAAUAACAUACAUAGCAGCAGACAAAUUGCAAGUUGCACGUUUUUUCCCAUCGGUCAAACAUGAUAAGCCCGGCCAGAACAUAAUCCAGCUCUCGUGCAGUAAGGCUUCCGUCAAACCGAUAGAUUGUGUCCUGGCCACAAGUACUAAAUUCCCCCAGUUUCGAGGCGACAAAUGUGCCAAUAAGUAGUAAUAGCGUAGGAGCGCCAUUAACUAAGUCGCCGCACUUUGAGUGGGCUGUUAUGCAAGCGGGCGGCCGACAGCCAAAUUGAAUUAGCCGGCAUGCUGCUCAAUCGAUUCGUGCUGGCCAUCAAGAACCAGUCCCGCGAGACACUGCGCGCCUGGAGCUACCAAUGCGAGUCGAUCUUCGCCCAGCGUUCGCGCCGCAUUCAGCAGCUCCUGUGCUUCUACCAGUCGGUCUAUGGAACCCAGGGAUUGAAACAGCUCUGGCGCGCCUACUACCGCCGGGAGCUGCAGCCCCCGCUCCGCGGAAUGGUGAUGAGUGCGGUGGGUCUGGUGGGGCUUAACAUCAAGCUGCUGGGCAGCGAUGGCUUCGACUGGAACAAGGAGCGACUGGCCCUCUCCAACUUUGACCUGUGCCGGCGGGACAUCGAGUUCAUCAACACCCUGCCCAACAAUCAGCUCUGCGAGCGCUGCCAGUCCAAGAAGAUGAAGUACUGCUACUGUCAGCUGGGCAACCAGCGCUGCAGGAAGGGCCAAAGCAAGCCAUCGACCAGCAAGGAGGCGGAGUCGGAGUCGGAUGCGGAGUCCACCAUUGCCAACUGCCAGCGACCGCUGGAUCUGGACGUGGGCAAAGCCCCCGCCGGAAGCGUUCGCAUUCAGGCCCAGGACGAGCACAAAUGGGAGCCGUACUUCAGCAAGAACGAGUUCAGCAUCUGGCGGCGCGAGGAACGCUCCUCCUUGUACUCAUACAAGGUUUAUGCCCGUUUCGAUGACAUCACAGCGGACGAUUUCCUUCACGUUCAAACCGAUCUGGACUACCGCCGGAAGUGGGACGACACGGCCCUGAGACUGGAGCUCAUCAGCGAGGAUCCCGUGCCGGGCAGCAACUCGCAUCUAAUAUACUGGGAGAUGCAGUGGCCGCGUCUGUUCGCCAAUCGCGACUACGUCUACUGCCGUCGCUACAUCAAGGAUGACAACAAGAAGCUGAUCUUCAUCUGCAACCGCGGGGCCAAGCACAACACCUAUCCGGCGCUGUCGGGAAAAGUGCGCGUCACCGACUACUGGAGCCUGAUGGUCAUCAAACCCUUUCGCGGCUUCCACGAGCCUGGGCUGCACUUUGUGCUCACGUACUAUGAUGAUCCGGGCAUACCCAUACCUCAGAAUAUCAAGUCUUGGGUGACGCAGAAGCAGAUGCCCGAGUUCCUCACAAAGAUGUACGUGGCCACCAAGAACUAUGCCUGUUCGCGGGCCAUCAAGAUGAAGGACAUGUUCCACGGAUUCGCGUUAAUCAACGAUGAGUACACGGCCAACGAGCAGCGCGGCACUUGGCUGGGAAGUUUAAGCAGGCGCAAGGCGAACAGUAAACCCGGUGCAGAGCGCUAAGUCUCCAACUUUAAUAUCCUUCGUCCCUACCGCUCACAUCAAACCAACCUGCCCUGGAGAGCCACAAAUCAUACCACUCACAUGACCAGCUUCACCUUCCACUCAACCCUUCUUUUAACUUUGAAAUCAAUUCAGGCAAGAUAUAUCGAAACCACAGAACACCAGAGAAAGUGUGCAAUAGCUUUUCUGCUCUUUAAAUGUGUGCCACAUUGAUGGGAAACUUUACAUAUAAAUAUAUAUCUACUUUAGCUAUAUAGCUAAACCGAAAUAUUUUAAGUUUAGAAGUUGUUUAAAACGCAAAUAGAAAUUACUGAAAUUACUUGUACAAUAAAAGAAAUGCAAACAGA